CGGCAAUCGAAGAGCUUGGCCAACAUAAUGCGCUAACCUAACCUCAACGGUCGUCUAAAAACGUCAGAAGGAAUUUUUUGAUUUUAGAGUAAUACGUGAGAGAAUCCUAUCGUGGCACAGUGAUGUCCAGUACAAAAGAAGACAUAGAUAUAAAUGAGGCAUUUGAUAAUUUAUUAUUUGCUGAAGACAUAGCAGAAAGAUCUGGGUACGAAGAAGGUUAUAAAGUUGGACGAGUUCGUAUAAUUGAUGGAUAUCAUCUUGGUUACCACAGAGGAAGCACAUUGGCUGCUCAACUCGGCUAUUACAGUGGGAUCAUUGAAUUAUGUUUGCUGACAAAACAUCUUCCUGACAAAGUUACUUGUCUAGCAAAAAAGUUGCUAGAAGAGAUUAAUAAUUUUCCUAAAUUUAAUAGCGAUACCCUCGACAUAUUAAACAUUUUUGAAAAUAUUAAAUUUCAAUAUAUUAAAUUUUGUUCUUUAGCAAAAAUAAAUGCGACAUAUCCUGAUACUGAUAAACUUGACUUUUAGUUUGAUAUUUUAAUCUACUUU